GUAUUUAUUUUUUGGCCAAGUCAUAAAAGAGGAUGAAGGUUUAUUGUUUUGAUUUGUAAAAUAGGAAAGAAAAUAAUUAUACGCGUGAAGAGAUAAGAAAGAAAAUAAAUGCCCACAGUUUGAAGAACGAAAAUUGAAUCAGUAUAAGUAAAGUUGUGGAUCUAAAUCAGCAUAUUCCGAACGAAAACAAUGUCUUCUGGAACGGUAGCGGGGAUUCAAGGCCAACCUUUGGAGGUCACGGUGGUUUCUUGCGCGAAAUUGAAGGAUACUGAAUGGAUUUCAAGACAAGAUCCCUACGUUUGUCUUGAAUAUGCUUCCACCAAAUUCCGAACCAGAACAAGCACAGACGGUGGAAAACAUCCGGUGUUUCAAGAGAAGUUCGUGGUGCCGCUGAUUGAAGGUCUUCGUGAACUCACUGUUGUUGUUUGGAACAGCAAUACUGUCACAUUCGAUGAUUUUAUCGGUACCGGGAAGGUUCAAUUGAACAAGGUUUUGUCUCAAGGAUUUGAUGAUUCUUCUUGGCCACUUCAAACUAAAUCUGGCAGACAUGCAGGUGAAAUAAAACUUAUAUUGCAUUAUGCAAAUGCCAAACUAAAUCAGCAGAAACUAGGCUCCUCCUCAAGCCAUACUCCUAUUUCCUAUGCGGCGACACCCGCAGGUUCCUCUUACUACCCACAACAGCAGCAGCAGCCAUCAUACUCUAAUUAUCACCAUCCAACACCUGCUCCUGCUCUUGCUUAUCCUCCUCCUCCUGCUUCACAUCAUUCAUCUCCCUAUCCACCACCCUCAUCCUAUCCAUCAAUGCCAUCUCCCUAUCCACCACACUCAUCAUCACCAUAUCCUCCUCCCCACUCAGCUUAUCCACCACACUCAUCAUCACCAUACCCUCCUCCAUACUCAGCUUAUCCUCCACCUUCGGCUUAUCCACCAUCUUCAUACCCUCCACCUGCAACUUAUCCUCCACACGGCGGAAUGUACCCUCCACCACCAUAUUGACGCAGAUCUCUUACUUUAGGAGAUUAGUUUGUACAAUCUUGCCUAGGUUUCCUGCAUAAGUUUUAAUUUUGUAGCCAUGAUUGACGUGGAUUAGUGGCACCAUAUCAAUUGUUUAUUAUAUGCUCUAAAUUACAGUAAGCAAUUGGAUAUUUACUCAUCCAUCUUUGGAAUGAACACACUCUAUAUAGUACUCCUUAUUUUUAA